AGUCGCCAAAUGCCAAAACAGGCUAAAUCCAAAAUUUAAAAAAGUUGAGAUAUUGAUGACAUUGAGUUCUGUAUUACCUAGGCUACAGAUUUGUCACUUCAAAAUGUUCCAAAACCAGUUAAAAACUGUUUAAAAUUAAUAUUUAAAAGUGAAGGUUGUUCCAAAAUCAGUUAUAUCCUAUAGCCAUUCGGUUCCAAAAACAGUCAUAUCUGCACAGAUGACAAUGUUCCAAAACCAGCUAUAUCAAACUACAAUAACUUACAAUGUUUCAUGUUUCUGUGUCAAAAUAAGUUAAAUCCCAAAAGACUUUUCCUAUAGGGAACUGCUGAUCAUUUUCCUUCUGAAUUAAUUGUUUAUUUUGUUGGCUAAUUUUAAAUUUCAAAGGCUAAAAUAGUGUUAUAAGAAGCAAUAGCACUCAAUUAUUUAACAUUAUUUUAAAAGCUCCUGAUUUGUUGUGUGUCAUAAACAUGGAGGCUGAACAUACAGGAGGUAUUUUAGAAGGUAGUGAAGGCGUUGGUAUUGAUAUUAUAAAUGCUGAAGUUGUAAUUGUUCAACAAGAAAAUGUCAAUAUAAUGGACAUAACAGUGGAAACUCCACAAAAUGUGGAACAAGUAGAGUUGGUAGAAGAGAUGCCUGGCCCUUUGGCAAAGAAAAGGAAGAAAAACGAAAGAGCAUGGAAGAAAACUGUUGCAAAAGUUGCUAGACACCGCCCGAAGGGAUUUCCACAGAUGCCUAGUUGUAAACAUUCGGCCAAAAGUAAGUACCGCUGCGCAGAACUUUCCCUGCAGGAUGUUAGAAAGAUACAUCAGCAAUACUAUAAAGACGCUGACCUUCAAUCAAAGAAGAAUUUUAUUCUUCAGCACGUCAUUGUUUCCUCAGCAAAAAGGACUCGUCUUCCAGAAGGUAUCAAAUCAAAAAGAAAUGUAAGUACUGACUUUUUCUUACCUAAAAUGAGGAACAACAAAACUGAGAAUGUUAAAGUAUGUCGGGCAGCACUACUUACAAUUUUGCAAGAGAGUAAAAACCGAGUGCAAUUGAUUUGCAAAAAGUACCUGGAAACAGGCGUCGUACCUUUGGAGACUCGUGGAGGAGCACGCCAAGUUGAUAAAUAUAAUAUAAAGAAAGACAGCAUCAAAUCUUUUAUUAAAACAUUUAUUCCAGUACAAAAACACUAUUGCAGAGCGAAAAACAAGCAUAGGCAAUACCUUCCAAGUGAGCUUAACAUUACAAAAAUGUGGAAAAUGUAUAUUGAGCAGCAUCCAACUGAAGAAUUAAAGUGUGAGUAUGACUUUUUCAGGCUGGUUUUUUCUGAGAACUUUAACAUUGGUUUUGACGCUCCGUACACUGAUAAGUGUUCAACCUGCACAAGGCUUGAGUGUGAACUAGCCACAGAAAAAGAUGCAGGCAAGCGUGAAACACUAAAGCUAAACCUAAAAGCCCACAAAGUCCGUGCAGACAAGUUCUACAAACUUUUGCAAGAAAAUAAUGAUAAAGAGCUUAUUCUGAGCUAUGAUUGUCAGAAAAAUCUUGUCCUUCCUAAAAUACCGGACCAAGCCGCAUACUAUAAGCGCCAGCUAUAUCUAUAUAAUUUUGUGAUUUGUGAGGGACAUUCUAAAGUCCUCUUGAAUUCAGAAAACACCUUUUCUUACCUCUGGACUGAAAACCAGUAUGCAAAAGGGUCCAGUCAAAUUGCAUCUGCUGUUUACCACAGGUUAACAAGCGCUAACAUGGAAAAUGUCACCACAGUCAAACUUUUCUCUGACGGCUGUGGUGGCCAAAACAAGAACACAACUGUUGUCGGUAUGAUUGCUCAUUGGCUCCUGAAAGAUGCACCUAAACAUGUUACUAAAGUUGUACUACUCUUUCCGGUAGUCGGCCAUUCUUUCAUUCCCCCUGAUAGAGUGUUUGGAGUACUUGAAAGGAAAUUUCAAGAUCUGACUGUAAUCAACAAUCCCAAUGAGUACACUGAAAUAAUUGAAAAGCACUGUACUGUUGUGAAACUUGGGACGGAUUGCCCUGUGAGUGAUUGGAAAACUCUAACCGAUGCUGUUCUAAAAAAACCAGGACAAUGGCAUUUUCAAUUUCAAAAGGCCAAGAAAUUUAUCUUUUCAAGAAUUAAAAGUAAUCCAAACUCCAUCCUGGUACAAGGAGAAGCAAACUAUGUAUUUGAAAUCGGCGAGAGUAAGUCAGUAAUGAAAAGGGGGAAAAAUUUUGACAAUGCAGUUUUGAGAGUGAUACAAGAAGGACACCCAGUGAAACAAGUAAAAAUCAAUGAUGUGAAAUGCUUGCUAAAUCUCCACUAUGGAAAUGACUGGCAACGGGAGCCAAAGUUGAAGUUUUUCAAGGACUUAUUCCAGCUACCUACCACCAAUCAAGGCGAAGAAGAUGAUGAUGAUGAUUUUGAAAUAAAUGAAGAGGAUGAGCCUAUGAUUGAGUGAAAAUAUUUUUAAUAAACGACACAUUUAUUUUAUAAACUCUGUAGAUAAAUAAAUUCAUGGUUUUGUAUUGAAAAUGAAUACGAUUGUGUUCAUUAAUCCUAACCUAAAUUUACCUAACAAUAUAGGCUACAAUGUUUUGAGAAAAAAGGAUUUAAUAAUAUAAGGUUCUGUUUUUAACUUAUUUUGGAAUGGUAAACGCAAUUUAACUGGUUUUUGAACCAAAGUUAA